CGCCGAGUCACACACACACACUCACACAUUCACAUGCCUGUGUCACACACCUUCACCUUGUGCCACCGCUCCAUCUACACGUGCGCUUUCGGAGAGGUCGCCCCCCGACCACUGACUCCUCUCCACACAUUCAUGGACAGACUUGCGCCCCGACCGGACCGGACCACUGUCCCCCUCCGGCGGAGACUCUCGCAUGAGACGCGCAAGUGAUCGGAGGGGUGAUGCCAGGGGAGCUGGAGAGAGCCUGGUAUCAAGGCACGCUCCAUUCAUCAAGGACCGCGUCCCUUGACAAGCUUGCAGACCUGAUAACUCGGGCCGGACGGGACUGCUUCUUCUGACUCGUCUUGCUCCGACGCGGUCACGGAUGGAGAAAUUUCACUGGUGAAGGACAGAAGGUGAAGGGGUUGAAAUCUGGACUGAUCUGUGUUCGGGCUCACGAUGUGGCGGAUGGUUCGGUGUCCUUUCGGACUUGGUUGAGCUGAACUUGCCCAGAGCCGGGAGUGCUCUCGGGGGAAUUGGAAAUGGCUCGUCCCAGCAGAAGAUCGGCGACUUCAAACCAAAAAAAUCAUCGAUUUCUUCACCUUCUUCACCUGCUUUCAUCAAAUCUGUCUGGGAUUUUGAAGUAGCCACCCUUGUAUUCACAUCUUCAUCCUUAUUUCUUUGGACCGUCCUGAAUCGGAACCACCCCAACGUCUUCAUCUGUUCUGCAGCUUUCCCCUGAGCGGUGCUUCAUCGCCCUGGGUGAGCGGGCGGUGGGGGUGGCCCGAGGAACCCCUGGACACCUGGGCGCCGCCGAGCCGCCAAAGGCCGGCAAAGCGGGGUAAGGCUCGGCACUGGGAAGAUGGCCGCUCUCGCCAGCUCCCUCAUUCGCCAGCGAAGGGAGGUCAAGGACCCCCAAGCAAACCGGCAGAUUGCCAGCAAACGCAAGCCGUGCCCGAAGAGCAACAAGUCUCUCUGCCAGAAACAAAUCCUCAUAUUGAUAUCAAAAGUUCGACUAUGUGGCAGUCGAGGGAGAAAAAUGGAAAAAAGACCGGAGCCCCAGCUGAAGGGCAUCGUCACACGGCUCUACUGCAGACACGGAUUCUACCUCCAGAUGCUGCCGGAUGGCACCAUGGAAGGCACAAAGGACGAAAGCAGCUCCUUUUUGCAGUUCAACUUGAUUCCUGUGGGACUCAGGAUAGUGGCCAUCCAGAGCACCAAGACGGGGCUCUACGUCGCCAUGAACAGCGAGGGCUACCUCUACACAUCGGAACACUUCACGCCGGAGUGUAAGUUUAAGGAGUGCGUCUUCGAGAACUACUACGUCACGUACUCGUCCAUCCUGUACCGGCAGACCCAGUCGGGGCGAGCCUGGUACAUCGGCAUCAACCGGGACGGCCAGGUCAUGAAGGGAAACCGAGUCAAGAAGACCAAGGGUGCUGCUCAUUUCCUGCCCAAACUCAUCGAAGUGGCGAUGUACAGGGAGCCCUCCUUACACGACGUCGCCGAACAGAGUCCGCCCAGAAAAACGCCGAAGACCUCCAGUGACUCGCCCGUGCUUAACAACGGCAAGAAAGAAGCUCAGUCCAAAACCAAAACCUCCUCCUAGCACUGAGAGACGAAGGACAGGGUGGACGACGCGGGGCGGCGCUCACCAGCGGACAGCAAACCUGAACUCGGGAUGUGGACCUGAAACGUCCGGGUGUCCAAAGGUCCAUGCAGGGGGAUGCUGGGAAAGGGGAAGUCCCCUUUUGUCUUCCACCACACCAGCCCUCCACCUUCUUGCCCUCUAUGGUCAGCUGAACCUGGGGUGUAUAAGCAAUAACUCAGUGUAGAGCUGAACAGUGGCCUAGUGUUUUAAAGCAUGUCACCACAGCCUGUCUCACCAGCUGGAAGGACGCCCUCCAGCCGUCACGCCAGCGAGCAACCCUCCGGUCAACCAAAUAUCCCAGCAAGGUCUUCCUGGUUCCACCGCCACGGGUGCAACGAGAAAAUAUGUCCCCCUGCAGCACAUUCUUCACAAAUGGGUUUUUAUCUCCCUGCAGGGUUUUCUGCUAAUGUUAGCUUGACACAAAGCCAUGUUAAUGUGAGGCUGUCACACUGUUUCAGUUCCUCGGCCAUCUGCUGCGUCCACAUCUUCUGUUUGCGUCAGCAACUUUCAAAGAUGGCCUGAAUUCUCGUCAGGCGUGUGGUGUGUGAAUGUGUGUGUGUGUCUGUGUGUACAUAUCACAGUGUUUUCCGUUCUUUUUCACUCACCUUUGGCACAAUUUGAUUAGUUUGUGACAUGGACUCAAUUUUCCACUCUGCGGCACAAUAAAACUCCCUCCCGUCCCUCUGGCUCUGCUAAUGGAGUCAGAGGCUGAUCAGAAUCUUUCGACCCUUAAACAAGCAGCCAAUCACUCCCUCGACACACUCCGCAACCACACACACACACACACUCAUAUGUAUUCUGUUGUACUUACAUAUGAAAAUGAUCUCAUGACCAUUACGAUGACAUGCAUUCGCUCAGUGGCAGCAGGUGUGAUGGAAGACAUAAUGAGUCGUAAUGGAGCUGUUGUGAUUGCAUUGCAAUGGGUUUUCUUUUGCACAAACCCUCCAGGGCAACAUAGCAUCUGCAUGUCAUUGCUGCCAAACUAAAUAUACAGAUUUUUUAUUUUUUUUUCUACCAGUCUGAACUGUGCUACAAACGCGUGUUGAGCUGCACAGGCAGAUUAUCGACCACACUGUCAAAAGGUCAGGCAUUUUGUUGACCAUGCGCUCGUCACUGAGCAUGUUAGAGUCGGUUCAACUUGUCCACAUUAGUUUUAUGGAUAUUUAAGCCCCACAUCGAUUGGUUAGCGUCCAUGACAACGGGAUGCUGAUGUUUGAUUAUGUUGGUGAACAGAAAAAUGGCAAUUCAUGCAGCUAUGCAGUAGACAACAGACAAAAAUCAAGAGGAAAAUUAUCAAUGGGGAAUCAAAGAAACUCAAUUAAGCUGACAGAUCCCAAAACUCAAGCUAAUAAUUAUUUAAAUAUAAGCUAAUGGCCACCCUAAGUCAAGCUAAUAGCCAGGCAGUUGAGCUAGCAACUGUUCAGUUCAGCUAACCACUGUUUGGAGUUAGCCCAGCUGCAAAGAGAAGAAAGCUAAUGGCUACUCAAAGCUGAGGUAACAGCUCAGUGAAUUAAUAGCUAUUCAGAGUCAAGCUAAUAGGUCAGAGUGGAGCUAACAGCUAUCCAGAACCAAAUUUCUCAGAUCCAAGCUAACGAUUUUUCAGAGUUGAGCUAGCAAUCACUCAGAGUAAAGCUAAUAGCUCAUCGUCAAGAUCACAGCUAUUCAGAGUCAAACCAACAAUUUUCCAGGGCCAAGUUAAUAGCUAUUCGGAGUUAGCAGUCACUCCAAGUUUAGCAACAAUUUAUUCAGGGUCAAGCUAACAGCUCCUAGUCAAGUGAACAGCUACCCAUAGCCAAACCGACUAUUUUCUAAAGCUGAGCUAACAGCUGCUCAUAGUUGAGUCAAUAGCUACUCAGAGUCAAGAUAACGGCUGAGAGUCAAACUAAGAGCUACUCAUAGUCGAGCAAACAGCUAUCUAAAGUCAAAUUAGCAUUUACUCAAAGUUAAUGCUACAUUUACGUCACGGGACGGUGCAGUUCGGUUUGUAAACAACCUCCAGGGGAAACAAGGCAUUAGAUUCAAGCUAACAUUUACUCUCAGACUCAAACUAGCAGCUGAAAGUCAAGGUAACAGCUACACAAUUGAGCUAACAGCUAACAUCUAUGUAGAGUGAAGCUAACAGCUGCUCCAAGUCUAGAAAUUGUCUAGUAGCCACUUAAAGUGGCGCCAGCGACUAAUUACAAUCAUUCUAAUAAUUGUCCAGAGCAGAACCUGUUGGAAGAAAUAUUUCCCAACUCUGAAACCCAUUGUCUCUCUAAUUGAGCAAGUUCUCUCUAAUAUUUUAUUAUUUAUCCAAAGUUAAGAACCAAAGUUCCUUUCUGCCUCCACAUUCAAGGUAACUCAAUUAUUUUCAUAACUGGGGUUCAUGUAGAUAAAUUUAAGGGCUGGAUCAUGUGCGUGAGCCGCAGGGGACGGCAGUGACUUUAUGGUCUUAUUAUGUUUUUAUUGUCAUCAACAUUGAUAAAGAAGUAAUUUUUUUAGCCGUCUAGUUUUACAGUGUGGUAAUAAUGUUCAAGGUGAUAUUUCACCAAUGCGGACUUCCAUAUGUGUCGAAACUUUCCCACCAACUUUUACUCUGCAUGACCUCCAGGUUUACCGACAUUUAAACAUUAUUAACAGAGUUUAAAACUUAAAUCUAUACUGUUUGUCUAGGAUUUUACAACAAAAUAGAUAAAUAUCAUCAAAUGGGACGAUGUGAACUGGAGACAUUAAUUAAAUCAUUUUUUCCACAUUAAACUUUCUUGGUACAAUUUGAUCAAAAGAGUAAUUGUUUAUAGCAUAACAGUAAUGUAUCAUAGGAAAUGAGUGGAAGUGAAGCAACGUAGAAGAUCUGGGAGAAGAAAAAUGGAUCGGAUGAAGGAGGCAAAAGGACAUUUUAGAGAGGGUAAUUAGUGAUGAUAAGCAGAACAAAAAGAGAUUGAAGAGGGAAUUACUGCACUGGACGUUCGCUCCUUUUUGCACGUUUCUCCUUCCAUGCAUAAUCUUUUGCUCCCUUGAACCUGUAGUUGUAAAUAAUAAUAAGUGAUAACCAAAUCUGGCGAAGCGCUGAGCAAAGUAAUCUGCUACCUGGGAGAUAAAGCUUUCCAGAGGAAAUCGAAAGCAUUUAGGUGAUGAAAAAAAAUAAAACACUGAAAUAUACAAUGAGACAAAAUGAGGAAGCAAAGAAGAGAGAAAAGAGUUUCAUAAUUCAGCAUCUGUUGAUCUUUUUUUUCACUCCGGCUACAUUUAAAACCUCUUUUAAUUAACCACCAGCUUUGGUUGGGUUGUGUUUAACACACGGCCUCUAUGGCUCUCUAUGUUCAAUGUUUUGCUAAGUAAUUACUUAAACGUUUAAUUAACUGGGGCUCCCAAGGUUAGUCUAAACUGGGACUGGAUAAUGUUAGGUAGAUGUUUGGAAAGAGUUUAGUAAAAAUGACCGUAACUUCAUUGGGAAGUUUGGAAAUCAAAGUUUGAUUCAAGUUUGAGAAAAACUGCUGAAGGCUAAAACUUUUGUUUAAGAGAUUUAUUUUCUUUUAAACAAAAGUCGCAUAUAAAAUUAAAUUUACAGGAUUUAUCAGAGAUAUUUUAUUGUAUCGACAGAUUUCAGGUAAGCAUAUAUUUUUAUCUGUAAAGACAUUAAUAAAACCCAUGUGACAUGUUAGCACAGCAAAGAUUGAUUUAUAUUACUAAUAGAAAUUAAAAACAGAUGUUUUUUGUUCCCUGAACUUCCAGAUUAGUUUUAAGAAUGAUUCACCUUUAGCUUACCUCAUAGCUGUUAGCAUGAUUCUGAUCACUUCGUUCAGCUCGACUCUUAUUAAGUUUAGCUGUUAGCUCCAGUAACAGCUUGACUCUUACAGUUAAAGCUUAACUUUACAAACAGUUUCACAUUGAAUCACUGUUUACUCUGAGUAGCUGUGAGCUUGAUGUUAGUUUAAGUAGCCAUUAGCUUGAUUCUGGUUAGCCGUUAGCCUCAUUCUGCGUAGCCAUUCGCCUCGCUCUGUUAGCUUUGAGCUGGACUUUAUUACCUGUUAGCUGUUAUAUUUUGAGUCUAAUCUUAACUCUCAGCUGUUAACAACAACAACUAAGAAUCAUGUUAAAAGGCCAGAUAAUCACUGACCUCUCCAUGUUAACUCUGCACUGUUCUGAUUUAUAUACAGAAAAAUAUAACAACAUUCAGCGUAUUUUAUUUUAAGACAAAGUGAUUGUAGAGUUGACAUUUUAAACUGCUGUUAGCAUCGUAUGUUAGCAUUUAGCAUAAAGUAGAUUCUUACCGUGACUCUAAAAUCUCCAAAGGCUACCAACAUUUCCAAAUCUGGCACAAGUAACUUUUCAUUAAACUUUUAAAAUUAUGCAAACAAAGAAGAAAAUGUGAAUUAGCUGUGUUCCCAUGUUCUGGUUUGAAGCAGAUCAGCUGGGCUACAGAAAGCGUGACGCUACGCAUGGCUGUAGCAGACAGCAAGUAGAGGAUAAAAACUAGCAUGGACCUCAGAAGGACGUAGAGUCCUUCUCCCUGAGCCGGAGGUUUGGACAUUUUUCUGAGUUUUGUUCCUCGGUAAGGCAGAGAGGCCCACCAGUGGGUGGGAAGGUUCGCUACAUCAGAAAUUAUUCUGCAGUUAUGUUUCCAUCUUUUAGGAAAAGCCAAAAACCAUCUGAAGUGAAAGUAAAAACCUCUGCGAAAUUACAGAAGACUUUUUGUUUUUCAGAUUUUAUUGUUUCCAUCAACUGACUCUUCAAAAGUAUAGAUGAAACGGCGCCCCCUAGCUGUAAUGCCUUUGGCCUUCCUGUUAUCUGCUGGUCGUUUGAAUGAAUUUGAUGCGAGUCAGCAGUAAAUACAGAUUUUUAAGUAUGUGACUCCCUGAUUGGAGGGUUAUUGAUUCAUUUUGAUUAUCACAUCAUGACACAUUACUGGAUCAUUGUUUGCGAGUGGAGUGCAUGAUUGCAUGAGCGUGGGAUCUGCCUCCCCAAACCUUCAAUCGAGUCUCACCGUGUAAAGUUUCCCAUCUAUCAGAGGUUUGAUUGGUGAACCGAAUUCUCCGCCUUUAGCGUCUCCGGGUUCCAGAACCCGAAACGUUAAACGUCUUCCCCUCGUAAGAGUUUGGCGUUACCGUUUAUCCGGAUGAAAGGAGUCGGUGUGAGCGGCUACUGAAAGCGAGUUAAAUGAUGUAUAUCUGAUUCAGCCGCUCUCUUCACACACACCUCUCUCCCCGGGGACUCCCUUCACUCCCGUUUCUCUCGAGUCAGGGCCUCCCUCUGCUUACGGGGCGAAUUACAGCUGCAGAGAGGGAGGGUCACGCACGGCUUCUCUUUUUUCGAAGGACUCGGAGAAGCGCUAGCUUCCAAUAAAGCCCACCUUCCCUUUAACCUGGAGGCAGAGCGAAUGUGCGAGACGCCUGGUGUGAAAUUUUUUGUAUACAUGUGAGAAAUUGAAAUCGAUACGCGCGGGUCCUUGGGCGGAAAGCAAUAAAGUUCAUUAACAAGGUGCAGCCACAUCAUCUGGAGGAAAAAAGUGUGUGUAUUUAUUGCAGCUUUUAUUUUUCCCCGACGCUUUGUCCCUUUCGGUGUGGCAGCUGUUUAAGUGUGCGUGCAUUAGUUUGAGGUGGAGUCCCUCCGCCACAUCUGCAAUGCAGCAGAAAACACAAAAAAAA